GAGCGCCUUUCCUUUUUCCUUUGACAAGAUGCUUCGGUCGUCACUUCGUCGCGCGAUAGUGCGGCUGCCGUCAGCCAUGCUGGGCAGCGCCGGGCCGCCCGCUGCCAAACUCGCCGCCAUACAGGUAUGUAGGCAGAUGCAUAGAUGCAGCAGACGGGCUGCUGAGUCUGUGGUGGUCUGCUGUUUGAUUCACGCAGUGCGGCAGCCGGUGUUUUUCGGCUGCCGCCGGCGGGAAGAUCAAGGUGGCAAACAAAGUGGUCGAAAUGGACGGAGAUGGUACGACGCACAGAGAUCUGGAGGCAAAGACAAACAAAGAAUAUGAUGCAUGUGCAUUUGGUUGUGUGUGUGUGUGUUUGUAUCUGUGUGUGUGUGUUUGUGUCUGUUUCUCCAGAGAUGACCCGUAUAUUGUGGGCGUGGAUCAAGGACAAGCUGAUCUUCCCCUACGUGGACCUCCCAAUCGCCUACUACGACCUCGGCAUCGAAGAGAGAGACAGGUGCAGUGCCCACAGACAGACAGUCAGACACACGCAGCACAGCACAUCCAUGGAAUGCAAUGCGUCUGUUGUGUGUAGGACGAACGACAAGGUGACGAUUGAGUGUGCGGAGGCCAUCCAGGAGCACAACGUGGGCAUCAAGUGCGCCACCAUCACACCAGACCAGGUGGGUAUCCACACACCCACAGCACACCCACAGCACACCCACACACACAUGAAUGCGUUCAGGCCCGUGUGGAGGAGUUUAAGCUCAAAGAGAUGUGGAAGAGCCCCAACGGCACCAUACGGUAGGUGCACAACACACACACACAUACACACGCGCGCACACCGAGGGCGAGAGAGGGACGUGUGUGUUCGUGCCGUGAUGUGUGUGUGUGUGUGUGUGUGUGUGCAGCAACAUGUUGGACGGGACGGUGUUUCGGGCCCCAAUCAUCAUCAGCAACGUCCCACGACUGGUCGGUAUACACACACACACACACACGUGACCGUACACAUGGCAUGGACGCCCAUCUGCAUCUGUGUGCAUCUCUCCGUGAGUCGAUUGUGUGUAGGUCCCGGGCUGGAAGAAGCCCAUCAUCAUCGGCCGCCACGCACACGCAGACCAGUACAAGAACAAGUCACUGGUAGGCCUUAAGGAAGGAAGUGGACAUGAAAUGAACGGUCCAUCAAUCCACUGCACGUCGACAAGCCAAGCGGAUGUGUGAUGGUGUUUGGUGUGUGUGCUGUGUCCAGGUCAUUGAGGAGCCCGGCACUUUCGAGAUCUGCUUCACGCCCAAAGGUGCGCCUGCACGCCGUUCUUGCAGGACGCGCAGAAGGAUGUGUGUGUGUGUGUGCAGGUUCGACUGAGCGCAAGUGCCGCACCGUCUUCGACUUCAACGGACGGGGUGAGGUACACACACACGUCAGGUUGAUGAGCGGCCGUCUAGAUCGACACACACACAAAUACCUGUCUGUCUGUCUGUGUGUAUGUGGUGUGAUGACUGCAGGUGUGGCCCUGGGCAUGUACAACACGGAGAAGAGCAUCCGGGGCUUCGCCUACGCAUGCUUCCAAUAUGCACUCGCACAAGUGAGCGGAGCGGAGCGGAGCGGAGCUGGUUGGGGUCGGGCAUCCCUCCCACCCAUCCACACGUGUCAAUCUUUCCCAAUCUCUCUCUCUCUCUCUCUCUGCGUGUGUGUGUUUGUGCCUCUCAGGGGAUGCCUCUGUAUAUGUCGACAAAGAAUACGAUCCUCAAGAAGUACGACGGCAUGUUCAAAGACGUAUUCAACGAAAUCUAUGAGAAGGAGUUCAAACAGGUCAGACAGCGCAGCGCCCAGCCGCACACACCCCAAUAGACCUUUUUGUGCAUUUUUCCUCUCGUUCGUGUGUUGUGUGCAGCAAUUCGAGAAGGCGGGCCUCUGGUAUGAGCACCGUCUCAUCGACGACAUGGUACACACACACACACACACACACAUGCUCAUCCACGGCUGACCCAUCGGUCCAUCGAAUCGAUCGCGCGCAUGAUGAGCAAUCAUUUUAAUCAUUCGCUCCGACACACACACGUGUACACGUGACGACACAAGCUCGAGAGAGCGAUCCCCUAAACUGAGCCAGCGAUCCCCACACACACACACACACACACUCGCACAAGCCACUCACCCACGUGUCCAUCCUUGUGUGUGUGUUUUGAUGAGUGCAGGUGGCCCAGGCGCUCAAGAGUGAGGGCGGCUUUGUGUGGGCGUGCAAGAACUAUGACGGAGACGUGCAGAGCGACAUCGUCGCACAGGCACACACACACACACACACAGACACAUUCUCGUGUGUGACACCCCUUGAUGGACACGUGUAUAUGUAUGUGUGUGUGUGUGUGUCAGGGAUACGGCUCGUUGGGUCUGAUGACGUCCGUGUUGGUGUGUCCCGACGGCAAGACAGUGGUGGCAGAAGCAGCACACGGCACCGGUUGGCACACAGACAAACCACACACACAUACACACAUAUCUGUCCCCCUCUGUCUGUAUGUGUGUGUGUGUGUGUCAGUAACCCGCCACUACCGUGCGCAUCAGCGAGGCGAGAAGACGUCCACCAACCCAAUCGCCAGCAUAUUCGCCUGGAGCAGAGGGCUCGCACAGAGGUUGGUAGGUGGGCAGCGGUGGGACGUGACGGCCAACCAGUGUGUGUGUGUGGUGCAGAGCCAAGUUGGACAACAACCCCGCCCUUGAGCACUACUGCCUCGCGCUAGAGAAGGUAUGAGUGGAUGAGUGGAUGGAUGGCUGGACACCCAUAUAUAUGGUGCACUCGUGUCGUGUGUCAAUGAUAGGCGUGCAUCGACACGGUGGAGGCCGACCAGAUGCCCAAGGACCUCAGAGUCUGCAUCAAGGGCACCACCAAAGUCGACGUCAGUAACCUCUCCCCGCACUUCCCCAUCCACACACACACACUCACAUUCACACGCCCAUCCCUCUCUCUCUCUUUCUUUCUCUCUGUGUGUGUCUGUCUGUGUGUGUGUGUGUGUGUCAGCCGUCCGAGUAUCUGCUCUCAGAGGAGUUCAUCGACGCCAUCGCAGCCAAGCUGUCAGACAUACUCAAGAAACCACUGCCGUAAGAGCCCCACAGACAGACACACAGACACACACACAAGUUGAUGUGUGUGUGUGUGUGUGUGUGAUGGUGUGUGCAGCAAGCCGACGCCGGGAGAGCCGAGCAAGUUGGAGAACGCCAAUUGGGACCACUACGCCGCUUACGAAAACGAAACAGCAGAACAGGUGUGUGUGUGAAGGGAUGCAAUGCGGGUGUGGACACUGUGGACAUCCAUCCAUCCAUCCAAUGCAUUGGAUGUGUGUGUAUGUGUGUGUGUGUGUGUGCUGCGCUCAGGUGUUCGGCGACGUUGAGAAGAACACCGAGAAGUGACGUAUUAUCCAUCCUUGGGGCUGUCG